ACAAGAGUGACUGCAAACUUCUUACACUGAGUGCACUCAGGUUAAGGCUCCGGGCUGGCAGCACGCACUGAAUUAAUUGUUUGGACCACGUCACUAAUACUUCUCCUGCUGAACAGAAUGUUGUUAAGAAGUCUGAAGUAAGGGCUGAUUAUAAUUUUUUCCCCCCUUGCUCUGUGUAGUUUCCUUGUUCUUACUCUGGUUGUACUGCAAUCUAUUUUAAUCUUGUGGAGUCAUUGCACAUAAAUAGAACAGAGAGAACCGAGACCUGUGUUGCGUAGUACAGACUUAACCAUGAAACAAUCCCGGUGUGCCGGUCGGAGAAAGUGUGGCUUAUGGUUGAGGCAGUAGUGUUUUGCUUCCUAAUGAGGUAUCACUUAUCGCAUUUCCACUUAAAUUGUGUCGUUGGCAGAAUUUUGUGUCAGCACACUGAGCUAAAUAUAACCUGGAGAGUUAAAUAAGGGCAUGGAGCGAGCCAGGAAAGCCCAGUGUAAUAGGAUCCAGCCCGUCAGCCUCAGUCCUAAACCUGAUAGAGUGCAUUGUCUAAAUGCUAAAAUACAACAGUGACUGUGUAAGGGAAACUAUUCGUCUGUGAUACUUGACCUUCUGGAAUUUUCCACAUAUCUGUCACAAGACAUUAAAAGCCUACAGUUUGGGUUUAGGCCCAUCCUAUAAGAUAACGUCUUAGGGCUGUUCAGUUAACUUGUGUGGUUUAGGCCCUACUGCUGGGGUUGUUCACUGCUGGGGUAACUUUGUUUACUCAGAAAACACCCACUUAAAUAAACAGUGUCAGUGACAAACUUGUAGCUGAAGUUUCUUGUUCACCCACAGCUUACUAGUUCCUUAGAAUCACAUGUGGGUUGAGCACAGAGCUGGAUACAACAUUAUCACAUCUAUUUAAGGUCAACAAGGCCUUCAUGAAUAUUUCCAAGACCACUUGGUCGACUGGCAUUUCUCUUUCAUGUGACCACACUCUUAUCUGCUCACUGCUGUUCUCUCCCUCUCUCUCUACCCCCUCCUCUCUAAACACACACACACACACACACACACACACACACACACACAGUGCUCCUCAGAUCAUGCCAUUUGUGUAGUUUCCACACCAUGUGUGUGGCAAGCUUGGGAUUAUGAAUGAAGCUUGUUUACCAUUCGGGCCCCAGCCAUGUGACUCCCACUCCCACACCCAUUUGCGGAGCGUCACCAUGGCAGCAGCCUUGUGCAGAGUUCACGGGGGUGCGCGCUGACGCUGUCAAGCGACUCCUGAAACGGUGCCUGGGGACAGCGUGCCUUUUCACAGACGCACAGCGAGAGGCUCUCUCUUUUUGGCCGAGGCAAUGGUCUCGCGACCGCCGUCUUCCCGCUGUAUACAGAUUGGCCUCUCCGGAAAAAAAAAACCCCGCCAUGGCAAAAAAUAGCCAGCGGAUCUGAAUAGCUAAGCAGAGAGAUCAGACAAAGCCCCGUGGCGAGGCUGACCCGUUUCUAUUAUUGCUUUCUCACAACGGUCUAGUGAACUACUUUGUGAGAGUGCUCCCUCAGCAAGUAAACAAGGGCAGUCCUUGUCUAGUUGGCAUUUUGUGAGCUUUGACUGACCUCUGCUGGUAUGUAGAAGUGUUGCAGGAUUUAUGAUUUGGAGUUCUUGGUGAACAGUCGGCUUGAAACUUAGCAUUUUUGGAGGACUGUGGCCAGUUGUGUUUAUGCAGGGCAUGACGACCAAUUUUAAAGCCAGCAAAGCUUUAAAGGUAAAGAAGGAGGCAGGUGAGAAUGCGCCGGUGCUUAGUGACGACGAACUGGUGGCCAUGUCUGUGCGGGAGCUCAACCAGCACCUGCGCGGGCUGACCAAGGAGGACGUGGUGCGGCUGAAGCAGCGGCGGCGCACGCUCAAGAACCGCGGCUACGCGGCCAGCUGCCGCAUCAAGCGCGUGACGCAGAAGGAGGAGCUGGAGCGGCAGAAGCAAGAGCUGCAGCAGGAGGUGGACAAGCUGGCGCGCGAGAACGCCAGCAUGCGCCUGGAGCUGGACGCGCUGCGCGCCAAGUACGAGGCGCUCCAGUGCUUCGCCCGGACCGUCACCCGCGCUGGGGUGACCGCCGCUGGCGGGGGUGGCAAGAUGCCCGGAGGGGGCAUGGGCAUGGGCGCCGCCGCCGCCACCAGCGUCAUCACCAUCAUAAAGUCGACCAACAACCACGGCAGCCCGCCACCCGCCACUCCGUUCUCUGCGCCGUCCUAGUGGCCGGACAGGGGUGGGGUGGGAUAGGUGGAGGACGUAUGCACGCUCAGAUGGUCCCUCUUCAUCUGGUCUCCUGACAACCAGUUCUGAACCCAAAAUGACCCGGACCUGACCCCCCCCACCCGUGCUGAGGAGGUCGCUCAGUAACAGGACUGCAGGGUGGGUGGGAGGUACUGUGGCCAUGCCUCUGUGUGAUUUACUUUAAGGCUGCAUACAUCUCUCUCUCUCUCUCUCUGUCUCUCUCUGUCUCUCUCUCUCUUGUUUUACAUGAUCUGUGCACUGUGCUAUGAACCCCCAGCCCCUUUAGGUUCCCAGCACCGGCAGGGUACACUAGUCCCUAAUCGGCGACCCCCCCCCCCUUCCCCCCCAAAACUGAGACUUAGCAGAGUUGAACAAUUGUCAAGUGUGAGUGAGUACUUGAGACCUAUAUGACCUACCAUGGCAGCUCUGAUGCCUGUUUGUUUUUAUUUGCAUGUUCAUCAGAGAGUUAACUAAAAUAUAUAUAUAUAUAUGUAUAUAUAUAUAUAUAUAUAUAUAUAUAUAUAUAUAUAUAUAUAUAUAUAUAUAUAUCAGCAGAAUGAGGAGCUGCAGCAGAAGGUGGACAAGCUAUAUAUAUAUAUAUAAUGUAAUAUAUAUUUCCUGAGACUUCCUAAGACAGUCUUUUUUUUGUCUUCAGGAUUCAAAUAUCUUGUGAAAGUACCUUAAGUCAUUUGUAAAGUCUUCAUCAAUCCUUUACUCUAUCAAAGCUGGUAUUUGUUUAAGAUGGACACAAUAUAAGGCCAGUAAAUAAGAUUCAAAAGACCAGGGACAGAUUCUGUCAUAUGGAAGAAGCACAAUUCAUUCAGAGUAAGACUCUAUAUGUAAUUCUUUGUACAGGAGUAUGAUUCCUCAUGUAAUUGCUGAUCAUACAAUCCUAACAGUACCCCUUCAGACUUUGAACAUCAAGCACCUAAUACAGAUGUUUGAAUGGCACUUAUCACUACUGUUUUAUUGCAGUACCAAAAGUAUGGAAGCACUUCACUUGCAAAGCAGGAAAGAACAGCAUACGUUAGAAAGUAUACAACUUUUUUACAACGUUCUCCCUAAUUUCAAGUAUAGUCAGUGGAGACGAUUGCCAGGCACAUUUUUUAUAUUGACUAGUUAUCUUAAAAAGAUAAGCACUUCCUUUUUAUAUGUCCAUUUAUUUUCUCCAAACUCUUGAUCAAUGCCAUAUGUCAUGGUAGGUAAUCCAUAUUGGAUAAAUCGAUGAGGGGAGCUGUCUUGAUAAAGCAAUGCAAUUUCAAAGCAUGACCUGUAUAUUACAGAUUUUAAGUUAUUGCCUCAAUCUUCUUAACUUCGUUGGUAAAACACAGCGAGAUGUAAAAUAGAUGCUCCCAUCUGCAACUCUUUCCACUUCACACAGAGAAUUCCGUCCAAUCAGAAAGCAUUCCUACUGCUAGGUCAUCGCCAAGUGCUGCUGCCGGUGUUGGAUACCCUCAUACAAUACCAUGUGUGUAUUUAAAGCAAUUAUCUUGAUAUCUAUGACACAGACUCUUGGGUAAGGACAAUCCUGACAUGGAAAUGAAAUGCACAGUUUUGUAUUUUUUUGGUUGUUGAUGAGAUUGGCUUCCGGGUGGUCGACCUUGGCUUCAAGGUGGUUGACCCAGUUUAACUUCAAAGUAAAAAUUGCGAUAUCAAAUCCAAAUGUAGGCCAGUCACACUCUGUAAACGAAGAGGCCAGGAGUUUUUUUCCCCCCCUUUUUUCUUUUUCUUUCUCCUAGAUAGGAAUUCAGCCCAAUCUUGGAUAAUUGAAUGGCUGUUUAUUUCAAAGUCAAGUCUCAUUCUAGACAAAGAUUUAAUAUAUGUCUAGAGAAGGGGCUUGCUUGGUCUUUUAAUUGCAAAGAAUCCUCACAAUUGGCCUUAAUAUCAUCUACUCAUUUCAUUCCAUUUCAUUUGACCUGUGUGCGCGCUUCUAUUUUACUUUCUUUUAGUCCAACUGCAAAGUCCUUGUGCAUUGUGCAAACGUUAUCUCUUUCCGUCCGAAGUUGUUGUUAGGCUUCUCUCUUACCCAAGUGGCCAUGACUGUUCCAGUUCCCUCUGGCAAGACGUUUAUUUUUUUCUCUUUGCUGUAGAGAGCACCAGAGGGACCUUUGCUGCUGAGUGGUCCUCUGUUGUCUGUCCAUGACAGAUGGACUCACUGCCAUGCUCUUACCAUACUCAUUUUAUAUUCCCAUGUGAUGUUUGUUUUGUUUGUUUGUGUGUUUGUUUUGUUUGUUUGUUUGUGUCUUUGUUUUGUAUGUGGUCUGUAUUCCCAAAUGUAAUUUAGUUUUGUUUGUUGUUGUUUUUUAUGUGUUUAGUUUCUAUGUCUGUUGCCUCCUUAUAUUAUUGUUAUACAUUUCUAUAUAAUUUGUGUAUAUAUAUAUAUAUAUAUAUAUAUAUUUCUAGGGCAUCAAAUACUUUGGGGAGUGGUGUGUCCUUGUAAUCGUCUCCAUCGUGUCAUAAUUCAGCCGACUUAUCUCUGCAGUUAACUUCUGUCCCCAGUGUAACACAGCAAGUCUAUCUGCAGAGUGUUUAACUGCAUUUUAGCGAUUAAAUAUGAUCAUGAUGGCCGUACAUAAGUUCCCCUUUGUGCACGCUAAUGAAACUUUCAGUGUUUACAGUGAAUAGAGGCACAUGGCUUCUGGAGUAGAUGCUUAUCUAGUUGUGAAUGGAUUCUCUAUGUGAGCUGUUAUGCUUUCAGUAUUUAUCAAGACGGGCGCUCCUCAAAGCUUUGUUGUGAUAGAAGCAUUAUUUGAGAGGCGAAGAAGAGAAUCCUUAUGUGUUACUCUUCACUACAAUUCUCAUAGCACACAAAGCUUUUUGUGGGAACCACCAGAAGAAUGAUUGUUGUAUUGCAUUGAUGAGGUUGCAUUAACUGGUAGCUGACGUUUCAAUCUCUCUGUUUGCUGAGUCUGACCUUCAACUGGUGUCAUGAUUACUUGUUCACACAUUGUUUGUGUUUUCCCAAGUUAUGAAACGGCGGUCAACAUGUGAUCGUCAGAAACGCAUGCCAAAUCAUGACCUUGCCUGUGAAUUUUGAGUAAUUCUUUCUGUGAUCACCAACAGUUGAUGAAUCAUGUGUUCCCUUUAAACAGGGAACGCCAUAAAUGAGCAUGGUCACAUGCUCAUAGAUCAUCACACCACCAGUGAAAACACAGGACUUUAAAACGUUACAAAUAUUCCAAUACAAAACCGUCUGAAACUUUACUGACACCUGCUGGUUGUGUUAAAAAAUGCUGUGAACAAGUGGUUUGAUGUCAGUAUGCUCAAGCAAACCCACUGUAUUUUUAUUUUAUUUUUUUUUCCUUACUUCAGCACCCACCAAAGCCAUAUGUUUCUCUUCCAUGUGCACCCCUUGAUGUGUUGUACAAUGUGAACGAGCUUUCCAAAACAGACAAAUUACAGAAUAUACACUCAAUAUUAUGUUUCAUAGUCGUUCAUGUUCAGCUCAGAUCCAAGACCUAUAGUGCUUUCACCUAACAGGAUGUUACCCUAGUCUCCUGUCCUCGCCUUAAGCCAGUGACCGAAGCACAGAAAGUGGCUUCUUAAUUAACAAUAUGAAUCAUGAGAUGGGGCAACAGCUGUGAAUGCAGAAUCUUUAUUUUAUUUUAUUUUUUGGCAGAGGAACAUUGUAACGCGCACAGCUCCACUGGACAACAUGUGUAGAUGGAUUGUGUUCGAUUCACUGCGUUAAAACUGUUUUGUCUCUUCUAAUGCCAACUUUCUGACAAAGUUGAUAGUAAAAGGAUGGGGGUACUUUUGGGUCUUUAUCUUCAAUGUAUGCUGUAUGUGGCCAUCCUGGCUGAAUAGGUUAAAUUAUUCUAUAUUUUACAUGUGAGAAUAUUAUAUCUGUUGAAAAUAUAUAUUAUAUAUGUGCUCUGUCAGUCUUUAAAGCUAUGUACCAUGAACGCACAUAGGAAUUUUUAACCCGUGUCUGAAUACAUUUGCCUAUAAAAUCAUAGAGAAGCUCCAUGACAUAUAAAGUAUGCUGCUCCAAAUUAUUACUUUGUAUACAUUACAGACUACAAUUGAACUGCAAUGUGGAGGAUGUUUUGUAAUUAAAAGUAGUGCCUAUAAGCAUUGAGUUUGUGAUCGUUCUAGUACUGUAUAAAUGGGACAUUCUGGUUGUGCUCUAAAAACGUUAUUUUUAAUGGACAACCACAAUAAUUAGUGUAGUUUUAGAUAGCCAUCAGAAGGUAUAAUUGUUUUUGAUCAGAUUUAUAUUAAAUAACUGUAAAUACGGACAGCUCAAGAGGCAGCGAACCUUUGGUCAACACACCUUCUUGUGAUUUACUUCAUUAAUCUGUAUGUAUUUUAUUUGAACUUUGAUAUUUAUUUUUGCUGAUUUAUUUUGUUUUACUUUCAACCUCCUAAAUUAUUUUAUUUACAUCCAUUUAUUUACAUAGUUUGUUGAUGAACUACCCUCAUGUACAAAUGAAAUCGAUCUCUUCUCCAUUCUGACUGAAUAGAAAGGAGGUAAAUUAUUCCUGUAAAUAGUCUGCUGUGUCUGUUUUGUACUUUUAAAUAAAGCUUUUUCUCUUUCUCAUUUAAA